CCUUUUUGGCUUGAAUUUCCUCACUGUGAUAUUCAUCUGGCAAUUACGUCUGAUGUCCUACACCAGCUCUACCAAGGCGUGUUUAAACAUAUGGUAGAGUGGUGUCAGGAACUUAUGGAUGAAGAAGAACUGGACCAGAGGCUACACACACUUCCUUCAUGU